AUGGCAGGCUCGUUGUCCAGACCCAAAGCGGCAAAAGUGCUGCUUGCUGUUGCGUUGGCAGCUGUUCUGCAGUGGGCAAAAACACCGGCGUUUGCCGCGCCACAGGCUAGAAGCAGGGACAUGUCUCGCAGACGUGCUGCAGACGAGCUAUCACCACUGGCGAAUCUAGCGCAAGAUCCAAGCUUUCAAGCUGCAGUUGCAGGUGCAUGGACCAUGGUGCAAACAACUCUGACGCCCGCAACCGACUUGGUGGAAAGCCUUGCAAAAGUGCAAGAAUAUGCCAAGAGCUGGGGAGGGCAAGAGCUUUUUGACGGCAACGAUGCGGAGAAACAUGUCGACGAAUUGACAAAACGUAUUGAACAAGGUGUAGAUGACGGGAAUACUGUUCUCAUCCCGAUUGCGCAAGAGGCAGACCUGCCUCUUGAGCCAAUCAGAGGUACACCCUUCGAGAAGCUCAUGGUUGCAGUGCUUCAGAAUACAAGCGUGGCUGGAGUCUACACGCUGCAUGCAGAGCCCGGUGCUGGAAAGUCAACUUCUGCCACGCUGGCAGCACUUGAGCUGAAAGGUAGGCAGCCAAGGAAGGAUGUCAUCGUCCUUUUGCAGAACGAUUUUGAGCGGCAGCUGGAGUCUUUCUUCCGCCUCUCCGACAUCAAGUAUACUGCAGAAAUCGUCCGCCCGUUCUUCACCAGGCUGAAGGAUAAGGGUAUCAGAGUGCGGCUAAUUUUGGACAAUGUUCUUGAUAGCGGUACAAUGUCUGAGCAAUCUGCAGAUAGAUUGAAAGUGCUCGCCCGGGCUGCGAAUGACAACCUUCACCAGAUCAUUGUCAUCGUGCAGAGUGAAGCUGCAGCGACGUCCAUCGGAGCUCUCAAUGGUGAUACAACGCACAAAGGGAAUCAGAUGCCAGCAGAGUGGUACAGGUGGUCUAGACAAGAGACGCAGAAGCUCUUGAAUAGCACAAACAUUCAAGAACUCUUGAAGAAGCGGCUACGAGAUGGAGAUGCUGAAGAACUAAACGUUCUCAUGACUGAGGCUCUAGAUCGUGCGGAAAUCCCUGAUGAGUAUGGCCAAUGGAGACCCAGAAGCACCAAACGAUACAUCAUGACUGGGGAUAGACCAACUGCCCCUCUCCCUAUCCCAGGCCCAUCUGCCGGAUCUGCAGGCUCAGCAGGCACGACCUCAACGUCAUUCGUCUGGGUGCAGCAGCUGAUCCGCAAGGACGGCAAUGGUGGCCUCCAGCUCGUUGGCAACGCUUUUCCAAUCGACCCGGUGCCGCAAAACAUUGCAUACCUGAAGGAAGCUAUCAAGAAGAAGAAGCCAAAUCGAGUGAUGUGCGAUGCAGAUGAAAUUGUCAUUCACAGCCAGAAGGAUGGGCGCUGGGUGCCGGAAGAUGAAGAAAAAAAUAUAAAUCGCGGCACCUCCAGGAAAGAUUGCUAUGGAUUCGUGCUGCCACCAGCGGACGGUGCUUAG